AUGAGUCAACCUCCAUCGACACCCCACGAUAAUGUGCCUGAGAACUUGGCUCGCUAUGCCAGUCGACGCUCCGAAAUGUUUUCGUCCCAGUUGGAGCCCAUGUCUCCUGGUUUCUACUACUCCUCAGCCAGAACGCCCGGUUCUCCUUCGCGCGCACGAUCAAGCUAUCGACGAUCGGAAUUCUCUUCUACUCUGUUGGGCGAUGAUGCUCUUCCUUCGUCUCCAUUGGGUUAUCCUUCCACUCCUGUGCGUUUUGGAAGCACGACUUUUGGUUCGCCCAUGACACCGCAGACACCCAGAACCACAUUUGUCCGAACACCCUUCAUGGGCACACAGAACACCGCUUCUCCAGGCACACCUACGCGCCACCAGCUGUCGUCAAGCUUGAAUCGUGAUACUCAGGAUACCGAUCCUUCCGUGUCGGCUCGUUUCAUUUGGGGUACCACAGUCAACAUUCACGAAGCCAUGACAUCUUUCAGAAACUUCUUGACCCACUUUACAUUGGCUCAUCGCAAAGCAAAGGCAAGAGAGCCCAUCAGUGAACAAGACAAUGUUCCGUUUUAUCCGCAGUUAUUGACAAGAAUUCGUGAAUCACGAUCGUACCAGGUCAACUUGGACUGCCGUAACUUGCAAGCUUACAAUGACACCCAUAAGCUCUACGAUCAAUUGGUCAAAUAUCCUCAAGAAAUUAUUCCUUUGAUGGAUCACACCAUUACCGAUUUCUAUAUUCAACAUUUUGACGACGAUUAUUUGGAUAAUGCUCAGCUGAAAAUUCGUCCUUUCCAUUUGGAAUCAGCAGUGAAUAUGCGUGAGCUUGACCCUCAAAAUGUGGAUCAGUUGAUUACUAUCAAGGGUCUGAUGAUUCGUGCUUCGCCUAUUAUUCCUGAUAUGAAAGAAGCCUUUUUCCGUUGCCUUGUCUGUGAUUACACCACCACCGUCGGUGUUGAUCGAGGCCGCAUCUUGGAACCAACCAAAUGUCCUAGAGAACAGUGUGGUGCCGAAAAUACAAUGUCUCUGGUUCAUAACCGUUGUGUAUUCGCUGACAAGCAAGUCUGCCGAUUGCAAGAAACACCCGAUGUCGUUCCUGACGGUCAAACUCCGCAAACAGUAACUCUGUGUUUGUAUGAGGAUUUGGUGGAUGUGGCCAAGCCUGGUGAUCGAUUGGAAAUCACUGGUAUUUUCCGUGGUGUGCCUGUCCGCGUAAAUCCCAGACAAAGAACGAUUCGUGCCCUCUUCCGUACGUAUUUGGAUGUUGUGCAUAUCAAGCGAACCGACCGAAAGCGAGUGCAGUUGGAUCGUGCCUUCCAAACCGAACUCAGCGAUGAAACCUAUGAAGAAGGUGAUGAAAUCAAUGUUGUCAAUAUAGACGAGGAACAACAUAUCAGAGAAUUGGCUCAAAAGCCCAAUCUUUAUGAAACAUUGGCACGAUCACUGGCGCCAAGUAUCUAUGAAUUGGAUGAUGUGAAGAAGGGUAUCCUGCUUCAAUUAUUCGGUGGCACCCACAAAAAGUUUCAAAAAUCGGGCUCUCCUCGAUUCAGAGGUGAAAUCAACGUCUUGUUGGUCGGAGAUCCCGGUACCAGUAAAUCCCAACUGCUUCAAUACGUACACAAGAUUGCACCACGCGGUGUUUACACUUCCGGCAAGGGUUCAUCCGCUGUUGGUUUGACAGCUUACAUCACUCGUGAUCCUGAUUCACGACAGUUGGUGCUUGAAAGUGGUGCUUUGGUUCUGAGUGAUGGCGGCGUUUGCUGUAUCGACGAGUUUGACAAGAUGUCCGACGCAACGCGAUCAGUGUUGCACGAAGUCAUGGAACAACAAACAAUCUCAGUGGCCAAGGCUGGCAUCAUUACUACAUUGAAUGCCCGCACAUCAAUUUGUGCAUGCGCUAACCCCAUUGGAUCUCGGUGGAACAAAAACAUGUCUGUGCCGGCCAACUUGGAUCUUCCUCCGCCGCUUUUAUCUAGAUUUGAUCUUUUGUAUCUCAUUCUUGAUCGCGUGGAUGAAGAUGCCGACCGCCGAUUAGCCAAACAUUUGGUCACGCUAUAUAUGGAGGAUCUACCGGAAACAGCUGGUAUCGACACCAUUUCUGUGGAAUGGUUAACCAAAUACAUUAAUUACGCUCGUGAAAAGGUGCACCCUGUUCUUUCUGAGGCUGCCGGUGAUCAACUUGUGGAUCGAUACGUAGAGUUGAGACGACAAGGUCAAGAUUAUGGUGGCAAGCGCGUCACUGCCACGACGCGACAGUUGGAAUCGAUGAUUCGCAUGGCUGAAGCACACGCACGUAUGAGAUUGUCCGACGUGGUGGAAGUUGAAGAUGUGAAUGAAGCAUCUCGCUUACUGCGUGAAGCCAUUAAAGAGUAUGCUACCGAUCCCAAGACGGGCCGUAUUGAUAUGGAUCUUAUCCUCAUGGGCACAGCUUCUCAUGAGCGUCAUUUGCAAGAUGAUUUGGCCCGAGAAUUGCGUAAUUUGAUCGUGAAUUAUGAAGGAACUCAAAUUGCAUGGACCCGAUUACACAGCGAUUUCAGUGCUCAGAGUAGCGUGGUAUGUGUCGUACAUUUGUGCACCGUUUGUGGCACCACUGAAAUAGGACGUUCUCUAACCUAA